GUCGUCGGCGGCGCUCGCCGUUCAUUGGCGUCGGAGUCCGCGUACCAACAACACGUCCGUGUCGGCUGAUAGGUAUGGACGUCUCGUACAUUUUCAGCUGCGCCCUGCUCGUCGCGUCCGUUUCCUCGUCGACGAUCACGCCGCCGGACAUACUGUGGCUCGACGAAAGUAAGUAAAAUUGCAUGCGUCGAUUUUGUUUUGCUGUACAGAUACAGAGAUUAUUAUAAUUAUCAUGUACGCGCGUCAAAAUCUCGCGUUUUAAAUAGUAAUUAUCGUACCUGUGCGUCUAUACCGUUUAUGUAUUGCGGUCGGUCGGUGAAAUUGCCUGUUUCCCGUGCUCGGUCGAUAUACUAUGUUACACAUCGUUAUGCACGCCACAGGUUCCCCCCGCCACCCGAUCCCGGUCGCGUUUUUUUUUUUCUUUCUUUCUCUCCCGUCCCGUCGCGGUCUAUCGGUCGUUACAUUCGUAUAGGUGGGUAUUAUGGUCGCGCGUUGAUAAAACCCGAAUAGAAAGAAGGAAGCUUAAGGGGUUUAAUUUUAAUCCCUCCCCCCCCCCCAAAAAAAAAAACUCAUCCAAGCCCUCCAGAAUCAAGUUCACGUCGAGUAAGAUACUCACGAUGUAUACGUAGGUAGAUAGGUAGGUGGGUAGGUAGGUUACCUGUACCGGUAUUUUUAAGCCUCCCAAAAAUACCUAGACAAUACGCGCCGGUGGUAAUAACUCAACAGUACUCGCAUAUUGUAUUAUAUUUUGCGCGUUCAACGCGUAUUCAGUGUUUAUCCCAACAAUAAGAUUAUUAUAAAAUUCUAUUGAAAAUAUCGUAGCAAUCCGUCGAUAAUUUAGACAUGAUGCUACAACCUGCAGUUAAUUAUUAUAUACUAUACUCGCCAGUCAUUAAUUUUUUCAAUUGCACAAGACGGAUAUAAUGUAGGCGCAAUGUAACUAUUGUUAUUGUUGUUAGUUAUUUUUCAUUUCGGAGCCCCCGCUUAGUUUAACUAAAGAAGGAUCCCCUCUCCGCGAAAUAAAUAUUAUGUUCGCCGUGUUUUCUAUGUUUCGUCGCAAAUAUUACCGAAAUAAUUUAAGCGUUUUCGAAAAAAAGCCCAAUUGUGUCUGUUAGAAAAAAAAAAAAGUCCAUUUCUAUCCAGAAUAAAUUUGAUUUAGCUUACCUAACCUCCUAUUCGUAGGAACUUACAACCUAACCGAUAUAUUAUAAUUAAAUUAAUGGUCUUAAAUGGACUGAAAUUAAAAAUUAAAAACCUACAAUAUUUUAGGUUUUAAAUAAUUAUUGUCUACUAUGUUGCAAAUGAUAUUAUGUCUAUAGGUACCUACACAAUAUUUUACGGUUAACAGAUAUAAUAUGGGUUCGAAUAGUCCAUAAUCGGAUAUAAAGGCUAGCAUAACACUCGUAUUAUUAUCAUAAUAUUUUAUUGAUCAGGACAAUGAAAAGCCGGAGUUAAAACAUGAAUAAUAUAACAAGGUACAGGUAGGUACAUAAGUAUACGCUAUAGGAAUAAAAAAAUAUCGUCAUAGAAUGAAAACAAUAAACAUAUUUAGAAAAAAAAAACAAAUCAUACACGCUUAUUUAGUAUCGUUUAAUAGUUGUUUUUUUUUCUCAACAACUCCCGUAUUAAAAAUACCUAACGCGAAAAAAAAAUUUAAUUACUUCCGUUUUUUUUUUUUUUGUAUCCUUGAGUGGAUAUUUAUGCGAUUAAAAUUGUAUAUUAUGUACGUUAAAUAUGGGUACGCUCUUAUUUUGAUACCGGUGAUAUUAUUUGUUUAUAGCGUUUAUACGGUUUUUUUUAAAUUUCGGCGGAGAUCGUGCAGCUACGGGCAUAUAUUGGGACAAACCCGGUAAUAAACUGCUGGGGUCCGACGUAGAAAAUAUAAAUCUAUAAUAUUAUAUAAUAUUUUUAUUAAAUGUCCAUGGCAGAAUAUCGCAUAGAAAUACAGAAUUAUUUUUGAAACGUAGUAUUUCGAUUUUAAUAAUAUUAUGUUCACAUAUUCAGAAUUUUAUUUUAUUAUUUCAUCAAUGGUGUCAUAUUAUUAAUAUAUUCAAAAUGUCAAUUCAACAAUUCGUUUAUAAUGAUAUAUUCAGAAUAUUCUUUAAAUAUUUCAUUUAUGAUGUUAUAUUAAUAAAAUAUUUACAUUAUUAUUUUACAAAAUAAUUAUUUGAUAUACUACCAAUAUUUAUUUAUAAUAUCAUUUUUUUUGAUGAAAAAUUGAUACUAAUAUAAUAUUAUCAUUAAGGAUAUGCUAUCUAGGUGUAUUAACUUUCAAACCAGAUAAAAAAUGAUACACGUGGUUUCAAAGUAUUAAUAUUAGGUUAAAACCAGUAAUAUCACGGUAUAAACAAUAAUAUAAUAAUAUAUAGAUUGCUAUAAACAUUAAAUGAACAUAAUUGAACCCCCUCCCCCCCUAUUUACGCCACUGUAUUUGGCGAACGUUUAAUUCGUGUAAUAAAUAUUCAUGUUUAUUUUUCACAAAUAUAUUACGUAAAACAUGUUAUAAUUGUGACUUGAAAUUAACAUUUUGAGGAUGUUUAACCACAUAAAUUGCACAGUGGGACCUUAAUAAUCACCCCCGCCCCCUGAAAUAUCUUUUUAUAAACGCACCUAAUAUUACAGAACAUUUUUAAAUCAAUAUGCAAUACAACAUACGGUAUUAUAGUUAAAAAUAUAUUAUAUUCAAACAAUGAAUUUAUUAAUUUAUCAUUUAUUAAAAAAACGUUUAGUCAAUCAGAUCUAGAGUCUUAUACAAUAAAAGAAUAAAAAUUAUUUUUAUUUUUAUACAUUUUUGUUGCAAUGGAUAACCAAAAUUUCAAACACUGAAAUACCAUAAAAGCAGCAAAUAUAUCAUUAGCUCAAUUUGUACUCGAUUGUACCCUAUUCGCAAUCAAUGGAAUUUCAAAAUUUGAGAAAAUAUCAAACUGAUUGUACUUUAUACGAUAAGUUUUAAACAGUUUUAACGUUUAGUAUUAAUAAUUUAAAUAUAAUAAGUAAUAUAUAUUGUAUGACUGAAAGCAGCCCCCCAACUUUCCUUGAGAGUCGGAAAAUGGACACUUUUUAAUACUAAAGUCAGGCAACAGGCUAAGUAUCCACAGUUAAUUGAACAAAAUUAUUAUAAUUGUUGAGAAAUUUUUUAGCUCACCUUCAAGAAAUUGUUUUCCCAAUGAUUUUUACUAAAAAAAGAAGUAUACGAGUGAAAGGAACGUUAUGGCACUCAAAAAGUAAACACAGGAAAAUAGAGAGGAGGUAUUUGCAGAACCGUCCAAAAGUUUAUGUAGAAAUAAUUGGUUUGCAGUGACUCUUUUGUCCAAAAACAAAAUGAGAUUUAUUUCGUUGAAUACAUGGGAAAAGUCAUGUGGAUUGUCAAUCUUUAAGACAUAGACUGUAACUGAUAAAAAUCCUCUUUGAAUGCGUUAAGUUGGAAACUAAAAAGUAUUGGCAUGACAAAUCCUAUAGCACUUUAAGUGCUUUGCAACAAGAUUAUUCAAUGUAAAUGUGAAAGUCAAGUGUAGAAGUGAAAAUUAAGAAUUUCUUUCAUACUCAUGCCCGAUGCCCGAGUAGAGCCUUAGAUCGUGUAUGAAAAAGAAAUAAUAGCGACACUUAGCAAACGACAUUUUUUUACAUUAAGGCUCAACCUAAGUGUAAGUAAAUUGGAAACAACACUUUCCAAAUGAAACUGGAGUAAAAAUAAUCUGCCAUGGGUGUUAUUUUCUGAACAAAUUUGAAUUCGUGUGCAAAACGAGGAACUAGUAUAGUUAAGAAUCAACUACUGUGAUUUGAAUCCGUAGUAUCGAUAAUGCGAUAAUUUUCCAGAAAAAUCGUAAUUAAAAAUAAUAACGUAAUGGUAAUUAAUUCAGUUUUAUGUUUUCCAAAAUGUGUAAUAAAAAAAAUAUGCCUAUGAGUUAAAAUAUUAUUGACUUCAGUUUGGAGUAAAUCUAAAAAAUAAAUAUCCAUUUGUUUAUACAGCUAUACUACAUUUAAAAUAAUACUAAUAAUAAUAUUUUUGUACAAGAAUAAAAUACAAUAUAGCAAUAAAAAAUAUUAUACGAAAUAGGUAGACAAUAUAUUAUAAACAAGUGUUACAAGCCAAUUACCCAUCCAAUUAUCUAAGAAGCAAUAUUAUGCGGAUUAACUGAGUUCAAACUUCAAAUUAUAUAAUAAUAAUGUUAUAAAAUACAUAUUUUUCCGAAAGUAGUUACUUUUAUCUAUGUUUAUUAAAUAAAUAUUUUUUCUAAAAAAAAUGAUAAAGAAUAAGUAAAUUAAACACGUUUUAAACGUUUUAAAUAUAUAUGUUUACAAAAUAAAGUUCAAUUGAAGAUUACGUACCUUGUUUUUCUUGAAUUUGAAUUUAAUAUUUGUUUUACCAUUCGUUUUCAGUUUAGUGUCUGAGUAUAUUGUAUAAUUCAACAAUGAAAUUACUAUAAUAUUAAUAUCUAUUUUAAAUAUCCUUUUCCGAUUAGCAACAUUUUAAAUUUCAAUCAUAACUGCUUAAAAUGUUUAUAAUUGUUAUUAAUUAUUAUAUGACAUCGUAAUAUUAAAUUUUAAUUUAUCACGAUUUCGAGCGUUAUUAUAGGUAUAAUUAUACCUAUAACUUAUAUAACUUAAUAUUAUUAUUAUAUUUAUAAGAUUUUAUUUCAGGAGGUUGUAAAAUUAAAAUCAAACCAAUUUAUCUGAGUACUUUUAAAAAAAUAAAAAAGCUAUUAGUUUUUUGAACGUAUAGUAAAUUGAACAGGGUCGUAUACUAUUGUAAUAAAGAAUCAGAAAUUACGUCUUAAAUCUGUAAACGGAUCGGUGUAGAUACUUUAAGUGAUAUUAUGUUGUAUUGAAAAUAUUGAUACCAAGGUUGAACACCGUUCGAGUUCAACGAAAAAAAAAAACUAGAAAUCCGUAGGUAUGUUUUUACGAAUAAGUACGAGUAUAAAUGCAAGUGUUGCUAAUGCUAUACAGAAUCAUUAUACAAGACUGGUUACCCACCUAGUACCUAAUAUAAUAAUAAUUGUAUCUGCACUGUUUUUAUAAAUAUAAAUAUAUUAGAAUCAAUAAAAUAUCACAACCGCAAUAUUUAUUUAUAUAGGUGGUAGUCGUGUAGUAAAAUUAUAAAGAAUUUUACUAUCGUGUAGUUUUAAUUCGAAUUUGACUUAAAAAUGUCACUUGCAAUCACUAAAACAAUCGCGGUAAGCAGUGGUGUACGCAGGGAGGGAGGUUAAAGGGCUGUGAAGUCCCCCCCCAAUUAGCUGUAUUUAUAUACUUAUUUUUUUAUAUUUUUCAAGUUUCAAUUGUAAAAAUAAUUAGUAAAUAAGGACUUUUUUCCACAAAAACACUAAAAUAUUUUUAAUUAAAUUUACCACCGCUGUCUAUUAUUAACCUAACUAUAUUACUAUAUUAUCACAGAAAAGGAUAUUAUUAGAUUUAUAAGAUUAAUAUUUUUAUCAAACUGUGGUCACAUUCAUUAUAAACAAUGGUUUUGUUACUAUUACAACUUUGUCGGUUGGUGUUAUCGUGCAUACGUGGGCUGCUUCUUAACCUUAGAUAAUAUCUAUGAUUGCAAUAAUGAAAUUACUGAACUUAUAUUUCCAACAAUGAACACAUCGUUAAGUUAUCCCACGGAUAUUGUAAAUAACAAUAAAAUUAUAACCUUUUGUUAAUGAAAAACAGUUAUGUAGACAAUUUUGUUCUCGCUUAUUUCUCUUGAGUAUUAUGUAUCAAAGUAAUAAUAUUUUUUACACGUAGGUUAAUUAAUUACAUAAUAAAAAUAUAAUUAAUAUAAAACAAUUAACUUUUUACUCUAUUUUCAAUUAAACAACCCGGACCCCUCCUAUUUUACAGACUCGAAUAGAAAACAUUUUCCUACAAAUAUUGAUAUGCAUAUAACACUUAAUAUUGGAUUUACGAGUUAUAACUUAUAACUAAGUACAGUGUUUAAUGUCUGAAAUAUUGAUGAAUAUUUUUAUAAAAUACUUCAAAAAACUGGAAUAUUUGAAUUUUUUUUAUUAACUUGGACCGAAUACUAUAUAAUUAUGUUUUACGAUUCAUAAUUGUCGUUAUAAACAAGAAAAUAAUAUUAUUAUGUCAAUAAAUAUCAAAUUCGUUUUUAUUUUAUAUUUCGAUUAAGUAUAGAAAUUUAAAAAAAAUUCAUAUUGGAUGUAGACUGGAUGUCCUAAAAACACUGAUAUAGGUACGUACUUAUAUGAAGUAGGCGUUAUGCAUUAUAAAAAAAAAAAUCAUUAUUUUAAAUGAAAUUUAAUAAAGGAAACUUUAGGAUAUGCAAACUCGUAUAUCUAUAUAAUAUAAAAAAAAAAAAAUACACUAGAGCACCGUUAUUAGAGUCUAAUUUUACAAGGUAAUAAAAAAAAUAAUAAAAUAUCUAGAUGAAAAUGCAUUUAUCUUUUAUCUUUAUCUAGAUAGGUACCUAAUUUGCUAGUUAUCUAAUCCGAACACCGGUUAUAUAUUUUACAUCGCGGUACCAAUUAUAACCGUGCGUAAACUAAAUUUAUUCGCAUCCAGUAACCCGCUGUAAGUCAUUAUUUUAUUAAAUUGUCGUAAUACAUGUAAUGUAGGUACUGGGAAUAUUUUAUAUAUUAAUAUUAUAAGACACUCAGUAUAAUGUAAACAUAGUGGGAUGUGUAGACGAAACGAUCCUUUGUCACAUCAACUUGUAUAAUGUAACUAUACGUGACAUUGGGGGACCAGCCAGGCAUUGUGUUGUUUUUUUUAAUUAACAAAACAAGUGUACUAUUAUAUAGGGAAAAAUACUUACAACGAUAGUUUCUUUUGUAAAUUAUAAUACGUUUUCCGUCCACGCAAAAUAAUAUUCCAAGUAUAACAUGUACUGCAAGGUUGAUCAAAGUGUAUGUCCGCGCGCGUAUAAUAUUAUAGAUAUUAUUUAAACAAAUUUAAAUAGUUUUUUAAAAAUAAUAUAUAAAUCGAAUAAUUUUGAUUUGUCCAUUUUAUAUUUUAAUUAAUGACCAAGGGACUAUUUGUUGUUUUGUAUUUUCCAUUGUUUUCAUCUGGCGUAACAUAAUACAGGUCAGGUUAGGUUAGGUUCACGAGAAAUAUAUUAAAAAAGAAAAAAAAAAAAUUGUUCUAGAUUAGUAUUCAUAUAUUGAUAAUGUUUAAAAAAAAACAACUGAAAUUACUGAUGGAUGUGCUUUGUAAUAGGUGGAAAAUUGGGAAGGUGUUCUACAUAGGGUUAUUUAGUUUAUAUCUAUUCGUAACGAUAAAUCAUUAAGUUCGGCUUAACAUGUUUAAAAAUACCUACCUUCAUUUUUACGUUUUUCUUCAAAUAUGUUGUACUUUCAAAUAUCGAGUAUUUUAAAGUCAAAUAUUUUGAAUUUUAUAUUGUAAUUACAUCGCACAUAUAUCUAUAAUAGUAAAGGUAGAUAAAUUUAUACAGAAUAUAGUAGUAUAGUGUACUUAUUUUAUAUUCGGCAUGCAAACAUUUAAAUUUUUUUAUCAAAUAGACGAAGUUUGCAAAAGAAGUGUACAUUCGGGAAAAACAUACGUGUGCAAAGUACUGAGCGAUUGCAAGACGGCCAUUGAUGACAUACGGGACAACGUUAAAUAUCCGACCAUUUGCUUGAUCAAGGGCAAUAUGCCAGUGGUGUGCUGUGCGCCGGAGACCGUGUCCAGAAACGAAAGACUAGGAAAAGACGACGAGAAAAAGCCGAUAGAUUCGCCAGAAAUUACGCGUGAGUAUUAUUUAUAAUGUACAAUAUAAUGAAACGCCGUAUUUGUAUUACCUAGUGAUGUGAUAAUUGUAACAUGCGGAAACAUACACAUCGUAAAACAAACAAAAAACAAGUUUUUUUCAUUCGGACGUCAUAUCGUGUCGAUGAUUAACGAACGAAUUGCCAAUAUUAUACUCGUAUUAUAUUAUUGUUUCGAAAAUUGACAAUGAAUUUUAGCAUUUUAUUGUUUUUAACUGUGUUUAGUAUUAUAGCAAAUUUUAUACUAUCGAAUUUAUCACGGAAUUUCGGCAUUGUCUGUGAAUGCGUAUUACAAUAAAUUGUUUUGUUUUUUAUUUUUCUUUAAUUUCGAUAUCAACAAACAUAACGUCCUCUAUAAUAGGUAUAGCGUAGCUGUAAGACUUCUAAGACGAUACAGACAAAAAAUAAUCAAGUUAAAGUCUAACUUUAUUGAUUAUGACUCAUCAAUUUUGUUAUUAAAUCUAAUUUUGUGCAAAAAAUUAAAUAAUGACAGAAAAAAAAAAAAAAAAGGUCACAGUGUGCUGUGAAAAUGUUGUGAAAAGCGAAGUGGUCAAAAAAAGUUUGAAAACCACCGAUUUAGACACUAGACAACUAUAAUAUAAUGAAAAAUACUGAAACUAUACAUAGACGGACAGAUUAAAACGUCCGUCUUUUCAGCAGCCUGUUAAAAAUAAUACAAAAAUUGUUUUUAUUUUUAUCGUUUUAAUAUUUUUUAGUGCAUUUUGAAAAUGACAAAGACGGACUGGUCCAGGAUAAUCUGAUCACGUUCUCACGGCCUCGCAGUAAAUUGUCGUGGCGGAGCUUAAACCAACCAAAUACAAACAAAAACCGAAACGAACCGCUUAGCAUUAUUUCUGUAUAAGCGCAUUUUAAAUAUAUCUCAAUUAUAUGACGAACGAUGCCUUGAGAGACGUACUAAGGAAUAAAAUACAAUUGGUGUCGAAUGGACGAUCAAUUCAAAAUGUCGAGCAAUUAUUUAUCUGUACAGUGUAUGCAGUAGAAGUAUAUAGAGAAUAUGGAUUAUUUAUGUUAUUACAAUUGUAAAAAUAGGUACCUAUUGAUUGUGCCAAAUUUUGGAAUCUUUCUGUUCCAGGAGUAAACGCCUACCAAGUUGACCAGAAAAAAAAAAAAAAACUUAGAAAAUAUCAUUAAAACGAGCGUUUGAAUUUAAUUUAAUGUCAACGAGAAAAAUCUAAAUAAUGUUUUUAAUUACCUAUUGUCCUAUAUUGUAUUCGCGUAUUAGAAAAAAUACUGGAUACCUAGAAAUCAUAAUAAUAUUACGGCACUGUCUAGCGGAAUCACUGUGUCUAAUUUUAUUUAUUUUAUAUGUAUUAUUAUUUUUAUAUUAUUACUCUUAUUAAUGUAAUAAUAAUAAGUAAACACUCGUCUAGUCAUUUUUACCAUAUAAGCGUUUCAUAUUAAAUUAUACUAUUUUUAAUCUUUUUUUAAUUUUUUUUAUUUUUAAGAAAGAGUUUUAUCGAUAUGAAAUUUUAAAUAUUUUUAUCAACAUAAUAGGAUAAUAUUGUAUUUUUGUACGGGUACGUGCGCUAGAACUGUUUGUUUCCGAGACUAUAUUAAUAUUAUAAUAGUACCUAACUGUAUACCUAACACAUAACACAUAUAUAGCUACAUUAAAUACAUAAUAUUAUGCUCGUAUUAUGAACUUUAAUUUAUAAUAAUCAUAUAUUUUAAUGGCACUAUAGAAUUACCUAUUUGUAUUAAAGACACGGCUGGUCAAUAAAUAACGUAGGAACAAGUUUGUUUCCCCACACCCCUCAUAAUAACAUGGUAAUUUAUGUAUACGCAAUGACAUUAAUAGUUACUCGAACCAAUUGUCAUAAUGAUAUUAUUAUAGUACCAUUUUGAAUAAUGUAGAAUUUUAACUUCCUGUUGCACUUGUAUUCAUCCUCGAAUUAUACGGGUUUUGAUUGAAUCGUUAUAAAAUAUUAAGAACUCAUCUCAUGGCCGAAAUUUCAACGAGAAAAAAAAUCUUCUUAAAACUAUACAAUGGUCGUAAUUUUGGUACGUAAUUCAGUAAGUAUCAAUAUAAAAUUUGAAAUGUUUUGACUAACCGAAAAAAUCUUUUUCUUUGAAAUAAAAACGAAAAAUAUAUCUAGCAGGUAAACUAUUACUGAUCAUUUUGAAAAAUAUUUCAAGUAAAUAUAACUACCAGGCAGAAUCCGUAUCAUUUUAAAGUAGGUUGUGUGUGAAAAAAUUGAUGCAUAAAACACAUCAAAACUGUUUACAAAAAAAUAUAAAUACA